AUGAAUAGGUUCCAGCGUAGAUUUUACAGUUAUCCGAGAAAAGAUGAACUCAAAUGCAAGGAAAAAGAUGUUGAGGAGGUAUUGGCACCAAGGUUUAGAAGAAAUACAUUGAGGAGUGAAAUACCGAUGACUAACAGGUGUUGUAGUAUUUCUCCUGUUGUGGUAGAUGCUGAACAAAGUACUGAAGCCGUUACAGAAGAUGAGUAUCAAAACCUUCUGAUAGAGCAAUAUGGUUUUGAUCCUCGAAAUUUGGACACCAUAGAUCAUAUGAAGGAAUUGAAGAAGAUUAUCUGCGGCAGUUCCCCGAAGACUGAAGGUUCACAAUGUAAUCCUUAUGAAGAGCCUGUACCAUCAUGUGUGGGCCCUGAAUGUGAUUUACAAUGGCAGGAUGUUGAUAACACUGAUGAUAUUGAUAAAUUUCUUAAUGCAGAGAAAAAUGAAGGGUAUACUUGCAAAGAAAUUGAGAUAAGUGAAGUCCCAAAGAUAAAAGUUAUAGCAGAAAAGUUUAUGAAGUAUAAAAAAGAUAACAUUGAAGUAAGGAAGUUGGAUGAGAAGGUCGUGUGCAUAGAAUAUGACGUGUACAAGAAAAAGACAAACCACAAACAGAUAAAUCCGGAGCCCAUACAAAAAUUACGCACGUAUUUUUCGAUCAGGCCUGAUUUUAAAGAUACGCAUAUACCGUCUUCUGUCAAACUGAAAUACAAGGUCGCUAGCGAAGACCUCAAGAAAAUGAAUGACAAGGAAGUCGAAAUAAUUGAUGGAAAAAUAUCAGAAAAUCAACCUUACUUAGAUGAUUUAAGAAAUGUCUUGAAACGUAAACAAGCUUCAUUUGAAAGGAAAAAUAGAACAUCUUUAGACUUAAUGUCUUUAUACAAAAUGGCUAAAAGAAAUAUAACAACUGUAGAAGAUAACUUCGACUUACUAUCGAAAGCAGAAUUAGACGACAUUAAGGAAUUAAUAACGAAGAAUUGCGUUUCUAGCGUACAUGGUAUCAGUCGACGGACUAUAAAAAGCGAGAAAGAAAACGAGUCGAGAAGAGAAAAGACGAUAGACGUGGUAUCCGAAAGUAUUUUCGCGGAAUUGUUAAGAAAUACUAAAUAA